AUGGAGGCCAACAGUUUACUGUGUGAAGCUGGAGACGAGACGGUCAAACUGCAGGAACUGGAAGGAACCAAUAUAACUCUUCGUCCUAAGAUAACUGGGAUUCAGCCUGAUGCUCUGAUUCUGUGGUUUUAUGGACCUGAGAAAGGAGAUAAACGGAUAUUGAUUAGUCAGGUGGAUGAUGGAAAAAUUGUUACAAAAAUCAGUGAGAGAUUUAAAGAGCGACUGCAGCUGGACAGAAUCAGUGGAGCUUUAACUAUCAGGAACAUCAGCAGAAAUGAUUCUGGAGUUUAUGUAUUCCAUACCCACAAUGGACCGGUCUCAUUUAGGACUUUCAAUGUCAGUGUUUAUGCUCCGGUAUCAACUCCAGUAAUAAUAAAUGAAAGAGGAAAGCGAAGUGUGAAUAACACAGAGUCGUGUUUCCUCCUGUGUUCUGUGGAGAAUGGAGAAUAUGUGAAGUUAUCCUGGUACAGAGAGAAUGAGAGAAUCUCCAUCACCAAUAACACAGAUCUCAGUGUUCCCCUCAAUCUCUCACUUCAAAUACAAUACAAUGACACUAACACUUACAGCUGUGUUUCUGCAAACCUUGUGAGCAAUAAAACAACUUCUCUCAUCAUCACAGAGCUCUGUGACGUCUCAGAUGAUCCUCCCUCUUCACUGCGUCCUGCUCUGAUAUCUCUUGGAAGUAUUGUGUUAUUAAUUAUAAUAAUAACUUUGUGUAUUUUGCUGAAAAAGAAAAAACCACAAGAAAUUUCUGAGGAACUGACUUCCUCUGAUGUGACUAAUAAAGCUCACAGUGCAGAGAGCAAUGAACAGGAAGAAAACUCCACAGUAACGGAUGUUGAAGUAGAGAGAGACACUGUGCAGACGCGAGGAGAUUCAAAUAAUUCAACACAUGACUACUCAUGACAAUGUCCCUGUGCACAAAGUCCCUGAGCUCCAUGAAGACAUGGUGUGGAGGUGAAGGUUGGAGUGAAGAACUCGAGUGUCCUUGACAGAGCACUGACUCAACACCACUGAACACCUUUGAGAUGAACUGGAACCGGAGUCUCCACAACAUCUCAACAUCAGAGUCUGAUCUCACGAAGGUUCUAGUAGUUGAAUGAAUUAACACAAUUGACCCACAGUCAAGCUCCAACAUCUAGAGGAAAGAAGAGGAGCGUGGAGCGCAUUAUUUACAUUUGCAUUUACAGCAUUUAGCAGACACCAUUAUCCAGAGCAACAUACAUACUGUAAGUGCUUAAAUCUCUAACAUUGAAUACAUUAAUGCUGGCUCACUAAGUUACAUACUUAAGAUACCAUGAGUUUUAAAUUUUGUUCAAAGUUACAACGAAAAAGUGUGAAGUUUUUUUUGUUUGUUUUUUUUUAAAUGCAAAAGAUAAGGAAAGAAGUGCUAGUUGAAGUGUUUCCUGAAUAAGUAGGUCUUCAACCACCGCUUAAAAAUAGCCAGUGACUCAGCUGUCCGGACCUCUAGGGGAAAUUCAUUCCACCACCUUGGUGCCAGUACAGAGAAGAGUCUUGUAGUAUACUUGCCUCUUACCCUGAGCGAUGGUGGAACCAGUCGAGCAGUGCUGGUAGAUCGGAGGGUGUGGGGUGCAGUGUGAGGAGUGAUGAGGGCUUUGAGGUAAGAGGGAGCUGGUCCGUUUUUGGCUUUGUAGGCCAGCAUCAGUGUUUUGAAUCUGGUGUGUGCAGCUACCGGAAUCCAGUGGAGGGAUUGUAGCAGCUGGGUGGUAUGUGAGAACUUUGGCAGGUUGAAAACAAGCCAUGCAGCUGCAUUUUGGAUCAUUUGCAGAGGACGGAUUGCGUUCAAUGGCAGCCCAUAGAACCAUACGUAGGAAAGUUAUGAAAUUUGGCACACAUGUAGAGGCCAGUCUUAGAAGGUAUUAUAGCAACUUUGGUGUGUCUAGCUCAAACCCUCUAGCGCCACCAACAGUCCAAAAACCCAAUUUUGUGCUGACUCGUAAGGCCUAGAGGCAAAAUUUUUGCAACAUCAGAAUCAUAAUCAGAAAGGUCUUUAUUGCUAAGUAUGUUUUCACAUACGAGGAACACACACACACACACACACACAUUUACACACACACUCACUCACACUCGCACACUUACUCACACUCGCACACUCAGUGAACGUGAUAACUGAAUAAAAGACAAAACAGAGACGUUUUGCUUCGCACGAGGAUUGUAGACUCACCAAUAUGACUUUGUUUAUUUUAGG